UCUACUUGGACCCCUAGAUCCCUUUCACCCAUAAAAGUCUCCUUAAGCCAGGUGUCCCCCAUAAUCCUGUAUCUAUGCAUUUCAUUUCCCCGUCCUCCUUUGCAGUUAGGACACACGGCCACCCUUCUCCUGCUCGCAGUCUCUCUGCCCUCCUGGCCUGGCCUGAAGGGGGUCCUCCUUGCCAACCUGGGAUGGCGCUGCCUGGGCAGCCUUUCUGAAAACUCCUUUCCAGGCCAAUCUCUUCCUCCUUGUUGAAGGUGUGACUCUAACUCCCAUUUACCAUGCGACUCAUAGAAUCAUAGAGUUGGAAGAGACCACAAGGGCCAUCCAGUCCAACCCCAUUCUGCCAUGCAGGAAAUCCACUUGUUUUCAGAACUCUUGCCUUUGGCUCCACUAAAAGCAUGCAAGGCAAUGGGUUUUUCUGCCACUCCAAGUCCAGUCCUUCCCAAGGUUUAGGUGGAAUCUCUUUUCCUGUAGUUUGAAUCCACUCCGUACCUAGCAGCAAAAACAAAUGUUAACGGUCACCCUUUCUGAAGACCUGAACUACCCACAGGUUCCAGCUAAAGUAUUGCUGAUCAAGUUGCUGAUGGCAACCUCUGCCCUUCUGAGAUGCUGCAGCAGGAAAGACACGUCCGGACCAGAUCCAUGUAGAAGCAGCUGGAACACAUCUGGAGGAGCAAGUCGGGAGGUUGAAGGGUCUGGAAGUACCAGCCCCUGCAGGGAAUGGGCAGCAGAACUGGGAACCUUCAGCUUGGAGAAGGAAUGAUCCAGAGGUGAUCCAGCCGUCUUCCAAUACCUGAAGGACUUUCACCUGGAAAAUGGAGUGAGCCUGUUUUCUGCUUCUCCAAAAGGCAGGGCUGGGCCAAUGGGUUCAACUAAUAAUAAUAACAACAACAACAACAAUAAUGUAUUUGUAUCCCGCCCAAUUACGGGGAACCCAGGCGGCAACAGCAGCGGGGAAAUACAAUAUAAAAAUUACAAUCAGAUACAAACUGACAAGCAAAGAAAUCCUGAAUAAAUGCGAGGAAAGAUCUACUGAUGGCAAGACCAAUUCAGCAGUGGACAGCUUGGCCGCAGAGGGGUGCGGACUGUCCUCCACUGGAGGCAUUUGAACAGAGGAUGGAUGACCACUGGUGCCAGGGAUGCAUUUCUGUCCUGCUGAUAACCUGCAGUGGCCAUGAUGGAGGAAGAGGAGAAAGAAAGCUCCCUGACCAGGAGUGGCAAGAAGCCUCCGAUGGAGGUGAUCCAGGCGGAGGCCGUGGGCCUGAACGCCAUCUUCCUCCUCCUCAUGUCGCGCGUUUCCCAGGCCUCAGGGUCCAUCCUGCCGCCUCUGGGGGCCCUGGGGGGUCCCAGGAAGAGGGCCGGGGCGGCAGACGGUGGGGAACGUGGGGAGGCAGCUGACGCAGGCUCCGGCUCGCUAACAACGUUGGCCAGGUCCUUCCAGAAGGCGGAGGCCCUCUUGCGCCAUUACGUGAAUCCUGGCCUCUGGCGCCUGCUCCCCUCCCAGGCCGGUGAAAGCACUUAUGACAGCGAGGAGGAGGAUUCACCUGUGGGGCUGGCUCGCCUGGCCCAGGUGGAGGGCAGCUUCUUGGGCCUCAGCCGCUGCUUGUGUGUCCAGGAGAAUCCCCAGACAGAGACCUUCCGCGGCCAUGUCCUCCCAGCCAUUCCAGACGCCGCCCGGGGUGCCUUCUCUUACCACCCUGCCCGGGCUAGUGUUGCCCGCCACUGCGCCACUCUCCACGCCCUGCUCCGGCAUCGCCACCAUCUGCGCCUCAUCCGGAACUAUAGCUGCCGCCUCAAGGCUGCCUCUGACUUCGUGGGACAACUGAAGAUGGUGCGGCAUUGCCUCCUGCUCCCAGCCGGCCAGCAGAAUGCCUCCUGGGCCCGUCUGCUGCGUGGCCUGUGUGAGGAGAUGCGCACCCAUGCCGGGCACUGGGAAGGGCUCCGGCAGCACAUCCGCCGAGACCCUUGGCUGCGGCCCCUGCUGCUCCAGCGGCCAGAGGUGGUGCAGCACAUGAAGCGCGCUCUCUCUCUGCUGGCCCUGCAUGCGGUCCGAGUCUUGGAAGGCUGCCUGGAGGCUUACCUGCGUGCAGUGGCCUGCCUUGCCAGCACCACUCCCUUCUCUGGGCCCCCUGCCCCACUCUCUGACCUCUUCCAGGGCCUGGAGAUCUAUAACCAGGUGGUGGGUGACCGGGCCCUACAACAGUCCUUCCUGGAGCUAGGGGCCGGGCCGGGAGAAGCUGCAGCCAGAGUGCGGAGGGUUCCUGGGAGCUCCCAGGACACUUUUCCCAUGGAGAGGGUGCUGGGCAUCCUGGCGGCAGAGCGGGGCCUGCUGGCAGGCCAGAGGCUGUACCAGCUCCUUCUCCAGCAGCAGCCACCACCGCCACCAACAGGGCCCAGCAGCCCAGAACCAGCGCCCUGGAAGGGCCAUGGUCAGUCCUGGCUGGAGCCAGAGGUGGGUGAGGGUCCCUCUGGACUCAGCACAGAACUGCAGUCUCUGUGCCAGGAGGAGGCGUCAGCGGUGCUGCCGCUCUUGCGGGAACUGGUGGCCUCCACUCACAGCCUGCACCACCGUGUCCUCAAUCGGCCCAAGUGGGAGAAGCCUUCUCUGUUCCCAGAGUCCCCCAAGGUGGCUUCGCUGCCAGGCUGGAAGUCUGUGCACUGGCUGGACGCCUCCUUUGCUGAGGUGGCCACUGGGCUCAACAAGCAGUUCCAGGUGCUCUUCUGGAGAGCUGUCACGGCUUCCCUGGACCGCCAACUGGAGCUCCGUUGGCCUCGAUGGCAGGAGGGAGCAGGGGCUGCCCUUGGCCAGCAGCUCAGCCAGGCACUGGCACAGGCCCACCUUCCCCGGGAGAGCGCAGAGGAGCUGAGGGCAAUGGCGCUGCACCUGCUUCUGCAAGAUGUCAGCCAGCAUUGGGACCGAGGUUUCUGCCAUGCUCUGGGCUCCAGUCUCACAGACAAAUGCAUGGCCAAGCCUGCUGGCCCAGGCACAGAUGCCACCUGCAGCCAGACUGCCCAGCUCUUGCAAAGCCUCUACCCAUCGCUGGCCUUCAGCCUGAGGUGCCUAGACGUCCCACCUGAUGGAAGUGCCGCCAAAGAUCUCCUUCUCGCUAGCCUCCGCCUGGAGCUGCUCUCGCUCUCUGUGGCCAUCGCUCACGCCUCCUGCUUCUGGGUCAUGAGCAAGGCCUACCAAUACUUGGCUUCAUGGUCCCUCAGCCAGUUCCUCCUUGUGACCCAGGGGGACUUGCAGCUCCUGAUGGUAGAGACAAAGGACAUGUCAGAUUUGGUGCACCGGGCGUUUGCUGAGGACGAGAAGACACAACGGCCUCUCCUCUCUCAUCAGGAGCAGGAGCUGAGUGAGCAAGUCCAUGCCAUGGCCACCAGCAUCAAACAUUUCACCCACAAUGUGCUGAAGCUGUUCUCUCUGGACUGCAAGCGCAUGUCAGCUGAGAUCUUUGGCCAGACCAUGCCGCUGGGCAAAUACUGGCGCCUCGCCCUCCGAUCAGAGCUGCCCGCCAUCCCCAGCGAGUAUGCCUCAGCCGCUGUCCAGACGGUGCUGGGCCAGGUCCUGACGGGGAUCCAGCUGCUGCCCCAAGAGGCCCAGGAGCCAGCGCUCGGCCAGGUCACUAUGGCCUUCUUGGAGGCCUGGAUGGACUAUAUCCUUGCCCAGAAGAUCAAGUUCAGCCUCCAGGGGGCCCUUCAGCUCAAGCAGGACUUUGACCUGGUGCGGGAACUGCUGCAGUCGGAGGACUCCGGACUGGCCCCUGAGAUCAAGCAGGCUGUCCUCUCCCUGCGGGUCUUCCAACAGAUGGACAACGCCAUUGCCUGCCUCCUCCAGCAGCCCAGCAAAGCCCCCCUACCCUCCCACACCUGGGGGGCCUUUCAGAAGUGCUGCUCUUCAGAUGGGAUUCGCACCCAGGAUGGCGGCCCAGGCAGCCUGAACAGCCUGGAGAGUUUGGAUGGACUGCCAGCCCAUCCAGCAGUCCCUCUGGAGAACCCAGGGGCGGGGACGGCAGCCGUGGGGGACUUGCUGAGCCGCAUGCAAGGGGGCGGCUCCAGCCCUGAGACGUACCUCAGCCCCACGGAGCAGGAGUGGCUGGCGCUGCGCCUGCAUGGGGGCCGCCGCUGGAGGGUGCCUACCUUGCCCUGCAUGAGCAGGACCUCCGAGUCCUGACUCUGGCCCUGGGCUUGACCACCAGGCCUCUUCCCCACAUGGAGUGGCGCUGCCAGCCUCCCUUCCAAGUGCCUCUGUCCCACACUUGCCUUGCAAGACUCUCUUGAGAUGCCCUGGCCAUGCUCCGAGGUGCAUGGACCUUUUUUGCCGCUGCUUCUGUGAUGGAGGCUCUUUGUUCUCUGCUGAAGGUGCUAAAAGAGGUGUCCCUGUUCCAAGCCUGGCCUCUCUCAGUCGCCUUCUCAAGAUGGCCUCCGGUGCUUUCCACAGAGCGGUGGCAGCAGCAGCAGUGAGAGGUCUUUGCAGGAGGAAGGAGUUCCCCUGGGGACCAGCCCAGGGCAGCUAGAGCAAGGCUGUUCUACGCGGGUGAGCUUGUUGUGUAGCAGCAUCUGAGAAAAUAAAAGGUCGUUCCGUA